AUGUCAGGCAGUGAUGUGAUUGAAGAAAGGCAUGAUCAAAGACUUAAUCAUCGUAACCUUCCGACAACCGCUUUCUUAGAACAAACCCUGCUCUACAUUGAAACAAGUAGCCCCCUGAAUCUUAUUCCCGUUACCGAAUUUCUCAGGCAAGAGAUAGUGCUACGCGUCUCGGCCAUAGAAGAUCGCUGUUCAAAAGUUUGGCUAUUCUCGAAGCUUGUAGAACUUGGAUUACCUUCUUUUUACUUGUUUGUUACCUUGUUCUUGCUUUCAAGUUUAACAGUUAGAUAUAUGUAUAAGAAUUCUAUCAAUCUCCUUUGCAACCUGCUGGGCGUAGUGUACCCAACUUAUAGGUCGAUCAAAGCAAUUGAUAAGCAAGAUUCUGAUGACGUGGCAAUUGAACAAAGACAAUGGUUAACUUACUGGGUAGUUUAUGGAUGGCUUCAGGUCGCGGACCAUUGGUCCAGUUGGCUUCUUAGGGUGUUCCCAGGGUACAAUUUUUUUAAGUUAAUAUUCUUAUAUUGGGCACAGAAUGAUCGUUCCAGGGGUGCAACAUUCAUCUUUGAGCGUGUCAUAAGGCCGUUAUUACGUAAGCCGCAAAGAAGGGUAGAUACGACACAAAAAAUGAGGCCGUCGACUCGACAACGGCAGCAGUAUGAUCAAUCCGCCAGGAAAAAUACAGAGAAUCCUUCGGUCCCUUCUUCAAGUGUUCCUUAUAGGCCCGAUGCAUCACUUGAGGACAUUUGGGGGAGGGAUCCGGAGACACGUGAAACCGAGAUAAAACCGUACCGGUUGAAUAACUUAUAA